UUUUCAUUCCAUUCGGCUGCAAAAAUGAAAUUCAAAACAAACGACGGUGCAGACUGCGUAGCUUUCGUCUGAGGGAGCUGUUAUCAGCAGCGAAGGAAAUCAUAUACGCGCGCGCCUUGCUAACAGAGGGUCGUACGGAAGCUGCUAUUUUGGAAGGAUUAGUUUGAGGAAUCGUUAAGGCGAUGCUUGAAGGAUUAGUUCGUCAGUUGAUUUUGGGAUAUCUUGGUCGCUACGUCAAAGAUUUCCAGAAAGAGCAGCUCAAGAUCACUUUCUGGAACGAGGAAGUAUUACUGGAGAAUGUGGAGCUGAUUCUUGAAGCCUUUGAUUAUCUGCAGUUACCCUUUGCCUUAAAGGAAGGUCGUGUUGGGAAGUUAAGCAUCAAAAUUCCAUGGAAAAAGCUUGGUUGGGACCCCAUUGUAAUUAUGUUAGAGGAUGUCUUUGUUUGUGCAUCGCAGAGGGAUGAUGAAGAGUGGAGUUUAGAUGCAGUUGAGAAGAGAGAAUUUGCUGCCAAGAAGGCCAAACUUGCUGCAGCAGAACUGGCAAAACUAUCCAAACGUGUAUGUGAUAAUCAGGCCGGGCAAUCAUUUACAUCAUAUAUUACUGCAAAGAUUCUUGAGAAUAUUCAAGUGUCCAUAAGAAGCUUUCAUGUCUUGUACCAUGAUACGCAAGUUAGCACGGUGCAUACUGUGUUCGGCUUAAAAUUUUCUAGCUUGACAAUCAUGAAGCAAUAUCCUUUUGGAUCAUCAAGUGCAAGGGUAAAAGGUGGCCUAGUUAACAAAAAUGUGGACAUUAUAGGGUUGGAAUUUUAUUGUGGCACAUUUCAAGGGCCUGUUGACUUGAUGGCUAUUGACAAUGCAAGAUUUGAAGGGAAAAAAUGUGACUCUAUAUUGACACCAUGUGAUUUGUCCAUUUCACUUUUGGUCAACAGAUCAGGAGAGCUUGGUAGCAGCAACCCACAAUAUUCUAUUGAUGCUGACCUGACCCGCUUGGAGAUUUCUUUGGAUGAGGUUCAGUUGCAACAACUCAUGAUUCUCUGGGAUUAUUUAUGCACAUCUAAGUUGAGAGAGAAGUAUGGUCGUUAUCGCCCCUGGAGUAGUCCAUUAUCAAAAAAACUGAAGGGUUGGAAAUUGUUGUGGUGGCAAUAUGCACAAGAAUCUGUCCUUUCAGAUGUUCGUAAAAGAUUGAAGAAAACUUCAUGGAGAUACCUCGGACAAAGACUAAGUUAUCGGCGGAAGUAUGUUAACUUAUACAAGAUUAAGCUGUAUUUUCUUCAACAGGAGCAGUCAAUUGAUGCAAAUACUCUCUGGGAUUUGGAGCAAAUGGAGAAAGAAUUGGAUAUAGAUGAUAUCUUAAGUUAUAGGUCUGUCGCUGAACGCGAGCUGCAGGAAUUUUCAUCCAAUUCCUUAACUUUCAACAUAAAUGUAAAUGACACAAGUGUUGUAGACAAAUCUAUAACUGAGGACCGCUUGGGAAAAUCCCGUGGAUGGUUGAACUGGCUUUCCCUUGGCAUGCUAGGUGCUGGUGGAACAGAUGAUUGCAAUCAAUUUUCUGGUGUUGUUUCUGAUGAAGUCAUAAAGGAUAUAUAUGAAGCAACCAAGUUCCAUCCUCUGACUUUAGCAAACAUGGAUGCUGGCAUAGUUGAUAAGAUUUAUUUAUUGCAAAUAAAGUUCAGCAUUCAUCAGAUUUCUGCAACACUGUGUAGCUUGAAGCACAAUCAAGAAAUUUUUGACUUGGUUUUGAAUGAUGUAAACAUCGAGUUUAAGCUUUGGGAAGAAUCUGCAACAGUUAUCUGCACUAUCAAUUCCGGAGAGAUGAUUUAUCCAUGUAACAGGAGAGCAAUUUUGUGCCUGGGAGCGGUUUGUCCUACUAUUGAUAAAAGGUUACCAGACUCUGAGCAUCCUUCCUGUAGUGUGCAAGUGGAUAUCUCACCAAACCAUGUGGUUGAAUUGGCAGUGAAGGCCAUGCUUCAGCCUCUUGAAGUUACUUGUGAUGCAGAUUUUUUUGUGAAUUGUAUGGAAUUUUUUGGUGUGUUAAACUCCUCUGAAUCUCAACAUGAAAGGGUCCUCGCCUCACUAAAUAGAAUAGAAAAUGUUGAUGUUCGACUGUUAUCAAAAGCUGAAUAUAUUUUAUCAAAUCGUAAGAAAGUGACCUGGGAUGUCAGUAUCUCUGAUAUUCUCAUAAAUGUUCCUUGGGGAAAUGAAAUUCAGCAAUGGAAUUUGGCAUGUGAAAUCGGGACUCUUCUUUUUUCUAGUAAAUGUGAUACUGGACCUCUUCUGACAGAUGAUGAGGAAAAAUCUUAUAUUCUGAAAAACUUAUUAGAAUCAAUCUCCAACUCCAGCUUUUCCAUGGGAAUCCAAUUUCAAGAUAUCAGUGAUCAUUUUGAGGUUAAAUUAAACGACUUUGAGAUGAAAAUGAUUAUGCCUUCUAACUCUGAACCAAUCACAAUAUUUGAGAAAUUUAACACUUCAAUUAAGUUGGCUUCUUUCAUUAUCCCAGAUGAAUCGAUAUGGAAACAGUUGGAGUUGUUUGUCAAUUUUCAGGUCUAUGUUAGCCUAUCAUCACUUCAUGCACAGUUUUCGCCAUCAAUAUAUGGUGCAUUUCUGGGACUUAUUGCAUAUCUAGACAAUCUGCAACCAAAAUCUGAACCUGUGUGCUGUGAAACUCUUGAUCCAUGUAACGUAACAUCAAAUGGUCCAAGGAAUCCUGUUUUUGGUUGCUGUGUCAAUGUGAAAUUUGAGAAAGUCAGCUUAUUAGUUGACCUUGCAAAUGAUGAAGAAGAUAGUGCAGCUCUCAUUUUCUCUCUUCAAGAACUUGAUAUCUGCUAUUUGCUUACAGAGUUUGAGGAGUGCUGGAUCUGUUUGAAAGCAAUGAAUAUCACCAGUUCAUCUUUGAGUGGUGAAAGUGAUAGCCAUGUUCUAUAUUCAUCUGGAAAUGAUUCUCCUACCACUGCUGCAGUUAAUGCUGAUGUUGGGUACACCAACAAAAUUGAUGUUGCUGACAAAAGCAUUUCUACUCAGUCAUGCUUUAUGUUGCAUUAUGAAUCUGUCAAGACAGAUUUAGCUAGACAGAAGUGUACAAUAUGCUUGAAUGAUGCCGAUGUCCACUGCUACCCAUAUGUAGUCCGAUUGCUGAUUGGAUUUGUUCAGAAGCUAUCUGCAUUUGAUACAUCUGGUGAUGGUGAGGUCUUUGUUGGCCCUUCAGCGUAUGCUGGAAAUCAAAGAAAAAAAUACAAUUUUGGCUUUCAAAAGUUUGGUUUCUCCAACUUUUAUGAAACUGGGUCUUCUGAGUGUGCAAGCAUUCCCCUAGAUUGUUUUCCGUUCUUUACAAUAUACAAUGAUGGUUCCCUUGAUAGUCUUGAGAGUUCAUUGCUUUAUUCUAGUCCUGAGUGGAGAAAAUAUUUCAGUUUAAGGGACAGACGAAUCAAAAGUCCACAGUUCAGUGUAAAGAAGGUACUGAAAAAUUUUCAUUUUCAUGCCCAAGAAUUAAAAUCUACACCUGGUAGACAAGCACAUCUUACAUCUGGGAGUUCAGGUGACACUGCUCAGUCUGUUAUUGAUUUCAGUCUCUCCGGAAUCAGAAUGCAUUUUCAUGAUUCGUCUUGCAUUAUUGGAACUGUUACACUGUCUAGUUCUAAUUGUUCUUCAUGUGUUUAUGAAAACUGCAUGGAUGUAUUGUGUUCCAUAGAGGGAUUGAUUCUUACCUCAUCAUGGUGGACAAAAAAUUUCCGUGAGUUUCUAUGGGGUCCUGCAGUGCCAAAUUUAUCUCCUAUUAUAAAUGUACGUGUAAGGAAGGAAAAAUAUGGAUCAUUGAGUUCUCAGUUUGAAGUGGGAAUCAGCGUUCAACAUGUUUACUGCAUUUUACCUCCUGAAUAUCUGGCCAUAAUAAUUGGUUACUUUUCGUUGCCUGAUUGGUGUCCAGAUUCAGUAGAGCAAAGUACCAGUAAAGGGAAUGAAAAUUCUGAUGCUGAAAAUGAAAGUUCCAUUGUUUAUAAAUUUGAGGUAUUGGACUCAAUCUUAAUUUUGCCUGUGGAAGGCAAUGAGCAUCAAUUUCUGAAGACUGGAAUUCAACAACUAUACUGUAGUUUCGCUCAUAGGAACAGUUUAAAUAAUGUUUUCAGGGGCAUUCCUCCUGAAUAUUUAAUGUCAGUGCAUAAACUUGCCAAAAGCAAUAAUUGUUUGAAUAUAUUCGGACGAGAUCUUUUCCUGUCAUUAUUGUCGUACAGGGAUGAUGGGUAUGGCUGUUUGAGGUUAGAUCAAGAUGCCGUUUGUGCAAAUACUACUUUAGUUGGGCCUCUAAGUGCUGAUGUUUGGGUGAGAAUACCAUGUGAUAGUAUAUCCUGUGGUAGAAGUACUGACCCAACCACAUGCAUCAUAAGGAUAGCAAACUGUCAAGUUAUGCCUGAUGGUCAGAAUUUUUAUGGAUUUGAGGCACUACGGGAUGUCAUAAAUCAAUUUACCCUAGUCUCAGAUCAAUCUAAAUGUUUUAAAUCUGAUGUUCUACAAUUUCUUCAAUUGAAGAGGUGCCUCAGAGAGUUUAGUGCAGCUUCACCUAUCAGUUCAGGUGUUGUAUUUACAGAAGUUAGGUGUCAUGUUCAUUCUUUAGUGAUAGAGCUGUAUCGCCUCAGGAAAGGUUCAAAUGAACUGAUUGCAAAGAGUGAAAUGCAAUUUAUAUUUUCUGCAUCAUUGCAGAAUGACAGUGUCAUAGGUUUUGAUCUUUCUUUCUCUUCCCUAGCAUUAUUUUCAUUACCUGAUUGUGUUGUAUUGGCUAGAUGUGCUUCCACAUGCUGUACCUCUUCUGUUCUUGAUAUUUCUCUUCCAAAAGUAGAUCAAGGUGAAAAUAAACUGUAUCUUUCUCUUCCAUCUCUUGAUGUUUGGCUACACUUGUCCAAUUGGUUUGAGGUCAUUGACCUCUUCAUCUCUUAUGCUGAAAAAUUGUCCAGAUCUGAACCUUCAGAUGCAAUGUCAAGGAAUUUGACCCCUGAUACAAAUGACACAUUGGGAAAUUUGGAAGUUACUGUUUCUCCAAGUUCUCUACAUUCUUCAAUGGCUUCAACCUGUUUAGCAUCAGAGAACAUUAAGCUGAAUAAUGUUUUCCUGACGGUGAAGUCAGAAAAUAUUUGCAUUACAUUUCAUUUGCCCAUCUGGGUCGGCAAGGAAGCAUAUAAAAAAGUGCAGGUAGCUGAAGAUCAUAUGGCGGUUCCUCCAAAUGUUUCAUUUAAUCUUAUUGACGGAAAUGGCUUUAAAUAUAUUGCUGUUACUUUGCACAGUAAAAGUAGUGAAUUACUUUUAGAUGGAAGACUUGUGAAAUUGAAGUCCAAUAUAGAAAAAUUGAGUGGUAUUAUAGCUCAAUGUCAGGACAAUAGUGCUCAUUCUUGGCCUCUAUUUCAGAUAUAUCACAUUUCUGUUGAGGCUGAGAUUAGUAAUAAACAGAUGGAGCCAGUGCAUGUUAAAGUUGAGCUUGAGUGCAAUCAUUUAGAUGUAUCACUAUCUCAUCAUUUCUUCUACUUUUGGCAUGGUAUACCAGUUAAUCUUCCUUUAUCAGGGUCUUCUCAAUUUCCUUUCUCUGGUAUAGAUUUAAAGCUCAACAUCCAGAAGGUUUCUUUUCUUCUAAGUGACGGAAGGUGGAGUUGUAGCGGUCCCCUGUUUGAUAUCCUUGUGAGAAACAUUCUCUUGCAUGUUAAUGUGACUGAAAACAGCUUGGAUGGUUCAGUCACUGGUGAAGUUCAAGUGAACUACAACAACAUUCACAAGGUCUUCUGGGAGCCUUUCAUUGAGCCUUGGCAGUUUGAGAUAAAUAUGACUCGGAAGCAAGAGAUGAGCCUUAACAACUCUGCUGUGACAGAAAUCCAUCUCCAAUCAAGUGGACAGCUUAGCUUGAACUUCACUGAAUCCCUUAUAGAGUGUGGUUUCAGGUCAAUUGAAAUGAUCAAGGAUUCUUUGGGUGUGGUAGAAUCAAAUGAUUUCCCUGAAAGUCAGGAGUUGGUACAUUCUCCAUAUAUGGAACAUAUAUACGAAGGAAGAUAUGCGCCCUAUGUUCUUCAAAAUUUAACCUGUCUCCCUCUAGUAUAUCAUGUUUAUAAAGGGUCAAUUGAUGAGCUUGAUAUCUCAGAAAUUAAGGGAGGAAAAUCAGUGGAAUCUGGUACUUCAAUUCCAAUAUACAUUGAUGAUGCCCCUGCGGAUCAACUUUUACAUGUUAAUCCUACCCACUCUUCUGACAAGCUAAAUGACCAAAAAUCAAAUGCUCAUCAUUAUAUCUCCGUUCAACUUGAUGGAACAUCAGUGUCUUCUGCUCCCAUUUCAAUGGAUCUUGUAGGUCUUACCUACUUUGAGGUUGAUUUUUCUAAGGCAAACAAUGAAAAUUGCCAAGAGAAUAGAGCAGAUAGCAGGAGUGGAGUGGUUCCAGUUGUCUUUGAUGUUUCAGUGCAGCGUUACAGCAAGUUAAUACGAUUAUACUCAACGGUUAUACUUUCAAAUGCAACUUCCAUGUCAUUGGAGCUGCGAUUUGAUAUUCCUUUUGGUGUGUCCCCAAAGAUAUUAGAUCCAAUAUAUCCUGGUCAGGAGUUACCACUUCCUUUACAUCUGGCUGAAGCUGGCUGUAUGAGAUGGCGCCCAACUGGAAAUUCCUAUCUCUGGAGUGAAGUCUAUAAUCUCUCGAAUCUUCUUUCCCAGGAGACUAAAAUUGGAUUUCUCAAAUCUUUUGUUUGUUAUCCUGUUCAACCAAGUAGUGAUCCAUUUCGCUGCUGCAUAUCUGUGAGAAAUAUCAGCUUGCCUGGAUGCAGGUCAAAGAUGAGUUCUUCCCAUAUAAAAAAUGUUGUAAAUCCUCCGUUAGAAAGCUAUAGUCAGAAAUUGAAUAAGCUAGAUGAGUCAAGUAAAUGGUUUGUUCACCAAUUAACCUUAAGUACUCCACUAGUGGUGAACAACUAUCUUCCCAAAGAAUUGUCACUAGCAACCGAAAGUGCUGGGGUAACUCGUACCACAUUUCUUUCAGAGGUUGAAACUUUCUUUCAUCAUAUUGAUCCAUCACAUGAUCUGGGGAUGGAGAUAUUUAUGCCAGGAUUCAAGCCAUCAACUUUGAAGUUCCCACGUGCAGAGACAUUCUGUACAGUGAUGUCUAAGUUGAAUGAAACAAAGUUCUCACAAUCUGAAAUCAUGAUCUUUGAUCCAGACAUGACAAAUGGGAAAACAUAUGUCACUGUAGAAAAGAUGAUGGAUGCAUUCUCUGGUGCCAGGGAACUCUUUAUUUAUGUUCCCUUUUUGCUGUAUAAUUGUACUAGUUUUCAUUUACUGAUCUCAGAAACUGUCAGUGAAAUGAAUGGAGUGAGCGCCACUAUCCCUUCAUCUUAUGAUAUGGCAGACCAAUUAUUGCUUGAGGAAAAAAGUGAUGGUCUCAGCCUCGUAUCAUCUAGUGGUAACCCACAUGCUAAAGAUCCACAAAGGAUGGGGAGUUCAUCCUCAUGUCAUAUCAUCUCAACUAGGAACAAUGCUAAUCCAUUGGACAAGAAAAGAUUCCCUUCCAAUGUGACUUCAUCAAGUUUCCUAGAAAGUUCUAUUGAACCAUCGAGCAAAAAUAAUUUCGAAGAUCAUAUUGCUUCCUUUAGCAGUUCAAACAAUAUAUUAUUAAGAUCAAAAACUGGGUGGACUCCAAAGAAUUCCAACUUUAUGGGUUAUGAGCAUGGAAAAGUCAAGGCAUGUAUGUACUCACCUAUCCCCUCUUCUGCUGCUAAGGAAGUUAUGGUUAGAAUAAGAAGGUGUGAGCCUGAACAUAUAACAAAAGACAUGGCAAGAACUUUAUGGUCUAGUCCUUUUCCUAUUGUUCCACCUAGUGGUUCGACUACCGUUCUUGUUCCUCAAUUGUCAUCAAACACUGCAUUCAUGGUAUCUGUGACAUCUAGUUCAGUUUCUGGGCCAUUUAGUGGGAGGAUUACUGCUAUUACUUUCCAGCCCAGAUAUGUUAUCUGUAAUGCAUGCAGUAAGGACUUAUGUUAUAAGCAGAAGGGUACAGACUUUGUUUUUAAUUUGGGCAAAGGAGAACACUCUCAUCUUCACUGGAUGGACUCCACCAGGGAGUUACUAGUUUCCAUCCGAUAUAAUGAACCUGGAUGGCAAUGGUCAGGUGGCUUCUUACCCGAACAUCUUGGUGAUACUCAAGUGAAAAUGAGGGACUACGUUUCUGGUUCAUUAAAAAUAGUACGAGUUGAAGUGCAGAAUGCUGAUGUUUCUGCUGGAGAUGAAACUAUUGUUGGAAGCCUCCAUGGAAAUUCUGGGACAAAUCUCAUCCUCCUAUCAGAUGAUGAUACAGGUUACAUGCCUUAUAGAGUUGACAAUUUCUCAAGGGAGCGGCUGAGGAUUUUCCAACAAAGGUGUGAAGCUUUUGAAACUAUUGUUCAUUCUUACACAUCUUGUCCGUAUGCUUGGGAUGAACCAUGCUACCCACAUCGCCUCACUUUGGAGGUACCUGGUGAACGGGUUCUAGGUUCGUAUGCCCUUGAUGAUGUAAAAGAAUACAUGCCCGUGUACUUACCUUCAUCUUGUGAGAAACCUGAGAGAACGUUGCUUUUGUCAGUCCAUGCUGAGGGAGCAACUAAGGUUCUCAGUGUUAUAGAUUCUAGUUUCCAUAUCGAUAUGGAAAGUUCAAGGGCUUCUCACUUAGGGGAGCAGAGGAAACAUGAACAUAAACAGGACAAGUUUUCUGGUUAUAAAGAAAAGAUUUCAGUAGUAAUUCCAUAUAUCAGUAUCUCCUUGAUCAAUUUUCAACCUCAGGAAUUGCUUUCUGCUUGUGCAAAGAACAUAACAAUUGAUCUGCUACAAAGUUUGGAUCAACAAAAGCUUUUCUUUCAAAUCUCAUCAUUGCAAAUAGAUAACCAGCUACGCUCUACGCCAUAUCCUGUUAUGUUGUCAUUUGAUCGUGAAUACAAAGGCAGCCCAUCUAGCCUUAUAAGAGCUAAGGAUGAUGGUAGAAAACCAAGAAGUGAAAGGAUAUUUCAAAUAUCUUUCGAUAGCUCAUUUGAACCUGUAUUCAACUUGGCUGUAUCAAAAUGGAGGAAGAAAGAUAUCUCUUUGGUUUCAUUUCAAUAUAUAAGCUUAAGAGUUGCAGAUUUUCGCCUUGAGCUUGAGCAAGAGUUGAUCCUAAAGUUAUUUGAAUUCUUCAAAAAUCUAUCUUCAAGGUUCCAUAAUGAAUUCAUACCAUUAGCAGAUCCUUUAAUGGGUCCUCUUAUCUAUAAUACCAGAUCGAUUGAGUCACUGGCAAACGUCCAGACUUCUGACUAUCUGAAGGCCAGGGGUAACAACUUUGACUUUGCGAUUGUUCCCAUACUUAAUGAAAAGCAUCACCAUGGUCUAUCACUGCCUUCAGUUAUUCCGAUUGGAGCUCCAUGGCAGAAAAUGCACCUUUUGGCCAGAAGACAGAGAAAAAUAUAUGUUGAAAUGUUUGAUUUAGGCCCCAUUAAACUGACUUUGAGUUUUUCCAGUUCUCUAGGGAUGCUUAGAAAGGGGAUCCUUACAUCAGGAGAAUCUUUGAUUCAUCGAGGUCUCAUGGCUGUUGCUGAUGUUGAGGGAGCACGAAUUCAUCUCAAGCAAUUGGUGAUUGCACAUCAAAUUGCUAGUUGGGAAUCCAUACAAGAGAUCCUUAUUAGGCAUUACGCCCGACAACUUCUUCAUGAGAUGUAUAAGGUGUUUGGAUCUGCUGGUGUUAUUGGUAAUCCUAUGGGAUUUGCAAGGAGUUUAGGGCUUGGCAUUAGAGAUUUCUUAUCAGUGCCUGCUAGGAGCAUUUUCCAGAGCCCUACUGGACUAAUAACCGGGAUGGCACAAGGAACCACUAGUCUUUUAAGUAACACAGUCUAUGCUAUUAGUGACGCUGCCACUCAAUUCAGCAGAGUUGCACACAAGGGUAUUGUUGCAUUUACAUUUGAUGAUCAGACAGUUUCAAGAACAGAACAUCAGCAGAUUGAUGUAGAAUCAGACUCUAAAGGAGUGAUAAAUGAAGUUUUAGAGGGACUCACUGGACUCCUGCAAUCUCCAAUUAAAGGAGCUGAGAAACAUGGCGUUCCUGGUGUAUUGUCAGGCAUAGCAUUAGGAAUUACAGGUCUUGUGGCAAAACCCACUGCAAGCAUUCUGCAAGUUACUGGAAAAACUGCUCAGAGUAUCAGAAACCGGAGUAGGGUCUAUCAACUAGGAUCACAGCGCUUCAGAAUGCGUCUUCCAAGGCCUCUAAGCAGGGAAUUUCCUCUGAGACCUUAUUCUUGGGAAGAAGCUGUUGGAACAUCAGUACUUGUGGAGGUUGAUGAUGGGUCGAGGUUCAAGGAUGAGGUUUUAGUCAAGUGCAAGGCACUUAAAAAAGCUGGUAAAUUUGUCAUUAUCACUGAGAGGCUUGUUCUGAUUGUUAGCUGCUCAAGUUUGGUGGACUUGGGCAAGCCUGACUUUCAUGGCAUUCCUACUGACUUGGAGUGGGUGAUAGAAUCAGAAAUUGGUUUGGAGAGUGUGAUACACGCUGAUUCUGAUCAAGGGGUGGUACACAUUGUUGGAAGCAGUUCAGACACCCUGUUGCGACAUACCCAGCAGGGUAAAAGAGGUGGCACAAUGAGGACAUUGCAUUGGAGCAGUCCUACUCUCCCUCUCGUUCAAACAAACUUAGAACUGGCUUAUGGGGAAGAUGCAGAGAACUUGUUACAGGUAUUGUUGUCUACAAUUGAACUAGGAAAAGUGCAUGGCUGGGGUUGUAGGUAUCUUCUGCACCGAAGUGGUAUCAAGAAGGUCAGGAGUUGAGCUUAAUUGUCUUCUUUCCAUAGUGUGACCUGCCAGAGAUUUUCCUCAUCGUUUUCAUUGAACUAAUAUCAAGUAGAUCCAGAAUGUUUCUCUUUUCUUACUGCAUUGAAGAAUUGCAUUUCUCGUGAAGUGUGGUAGCCCCAUGUGGCAACCCUUCAUCAAAUCUCAUCUCAUUCCUUGGAACCAACCCCAUGGAGUUGCAGCAUAAACAAUACUAGAAACCAAAACCAUCCAUUACUUUAGCAGUUCUUCAUGUUGCUUUUUGGCUAUGUACAGGCAUGUGAAUAUUUUGUUUCCCAGUUUUUUUCCAACUUCUGAUGUAAAUAACUGGGUUUUGCUCAACGAAAACCAUUUUUUAAUGUACUGAAUAUGGAUGCGUUUCACUAGUCCUAAGCAAAUUGGGAAAAGCUGAAACAACAAAACGUUAUUAAUAGAGGGAGUGGAGAUAGUUUUUUAUUUCCACUAUUGUUGCU